AUGCCCAACGAGACUGGGUCAGAACGACCUGACGCUAGUCUGCAGUACUGGUCGCAAAAUCUUCGCAGUCUUCCACGACUGGCACUACCACUAGACUACCCACGCCCCGCCACCAACCGUGUUGUGCAUGCGGUGAAGUCGAAAGUCCUUUCGCCAGCGCUGUGUGACACAUUGUACCGCCUCGCUCAGUACGACGAUGGUGAAGCCCACGAUGAUAAUGGAGGCAGCCCAAGUGCCGUGCAUCUCCUUCUUGCUGCGCUUGUGGUGCUGAUUCACCGGUACACAUGUGAUACCGACAUUGUCGUAGCGUCGAACCAUCCGCAUACGGGUGAGCCCAUCGUGCUCCGUGUCCAGCUUGAGCCGGACCAUACUUUCUGGCAGGUGGUCAAGCAUCUGCAGGUGGUUGAGGCGGAAGCGAUUCGUCACUAUGUUCCUUAUGAAGACCUACUUAGGCGUCUCGAGGCUGAUCGCGCUGCUGACGAUGGUGGCGCUACGAACGAGGUCAUGUUCCGUGUGCGUUUCUUUGAUGAGACCAAGUCACUACACCACUUUUUGCAGCGGACCAAUGUCACUACCGAUCUGUCUCUGUUUGUGACGCCGCCCGAUGCCACAGUCGAUGCGGAGGCAGGUCCUACGCAGGCGACGGACAACGUGUCGCUGCGCAGCACAAGCGGCGCGCCCUUGGCACUGCACUUGGCGUACAAUGCGCUGCUUUUCUCGGGUCAGCGCAUGGAGGGCAUUCUUGCGCAGUUUGAGCAGCUGAUUCGCGCGGCAGCGAAAAUGCCCAUGACGCCAGUGGGCCACAUUGUAAUUCGUACCGAGGCGGAAGCGAACUCAUUGCCUGACCCACGCAAGGACCUGGACUGGUGCGGUUUCCGUGGUAGUAUUACCAGCAUUUUUGAGCGCAACGCGGCGCAGUUCCCUGACCGCCGCUGCCUGGUAGAGAGUGUGCCCAGCAGUCCUACGGAGGGCGCUCUUCCGCCUCCGGCCCAGGCUCUUCGCACAGUGACGUAUGGUGAAUUGGAUCGUGCGAGUAAUGUGGUUGCGCAUCGCCUCUUGCAAGCGGGUGUGCAGCGCCAGGAGGUGGUGACGGUGUACGCGUAUCGAGGUGUGGACCUUGUGGUGGCUGUGCUGGGUGUGCUGAAAGCCGGCGCGACGUUCAGUGUGAUUGAUCCGACGUACCCACCUAGUCGCCAGAACAUUUACUUGCAAGUGGCUCGGCCACGUGCUCUGGUCGUGCUAGCGAAGGCCGGUGCGAUUCACGAGCAAGUGCGUGCGUGCAUUGAGACCGAGCUGGAGCUGCGCUUGGAGAUUCCGGCGCUUGAAUUGAAGGCGGAUGGUACCUUGGUGGGCGGGACUGUGCAAGGCGAGGACGUCUUGGCGUCGACACAGUCGCUGGCCAGCACGUCGUCAGGUGUGUUGCUGGGCCCGGAUAGUGUAGCGACGCUCUCGUUCACGUCAGGCUCGACGGGUAUUCCGAAGGGCGUGCAGGGCCGUCAUUACAGUCUUACGCACUUUUUCCCGUGGAUGGGCGAGCGGUUUGGUUUGAGCGACAAGGACCGCUUCACUAUGCUCAGUGGUAUUGCGCACGACCCGAUCCAGCGUGAUAUGUUCACGCCGCUGUUCUUCGGUGCUGAGCUGCACAUUCCCACGGCCGACGAUAUCGGGACGCCAGGCCGCUUGGCCGAGUGGAUGGCGGCGUCAGGCGCGACUGUGACGCACCUGACGCCAGCUAUGGGUCAGCUGCUUGCCGCGCAGGCCACAGCUGAGAUUCCUGCGCUGCGCAAUGCGUUCUUUGUGGGCGACAUUCUCACGAAGCGUGACUGCACACGCCUGCAAUCAUUCGCUGCGAAUGUGCGUAUUAUCAACAUGUACGGCACCACCGAGACGCAGCGGGCCGUGUCGUACUUUGCCAUUCCCCCGGCGAGCGAGGCGCCUGCGUUCCUGGAGACGCAAAAAGAUACGAUGCCCGCAGGUCAGGGCAUGAUUGACGUGCAGCUGCUUGUCGUCAACCGGAACGCACGUCAUGAGACGUGUGCUGUGGGCGAGAUGGGCGAGAUCUAUGUGCGCUCGGGCGGCUUGUCGGAAGGCUACCUGGGUCCCCCGGAGGUCACUGCAGAGAAGUUCAUGACCAACUGGCUCGCGCCGGACCUUGUCAUCCCGGAUACGCUGCAAGGCACGCCUGAAGGCGCGUACUGGAAAGGACCACGUGAUCGUUUGUACCGCACAGGCGACUUGGGUCGCUACUUGCCGGAUGGCACAGUAGAGUGCACGGGCCGUGCUGACGACCAGAUCAAGAUCCGUGGGUUCCGUAUUGAGCUGGGAGAGAUUGAUACGCACCUAUCGCGCCACCCGCGCGUGCGUGAGAAUGUCACAUUGGUGCGCCGUGACAAGGACGAAGAAAAGGUCCUUGUGUCGUACUUUGUGCCGCACGACGACGAGGCGUCGGAGGCGUCGGAGGAAACGGCCGUGGACGACGUGGAUCUGCCGGCGGGCGCGGCGGGCGAGACGCUGCGUCGUAUUCGUCGAUACAACCGUCUGAUCAAGGACAUUCGUGAGUACCUGAAGCAGAAGCUGCCGACGUACUCGGUGCCGACGCUGUAUGUGCCGCUGGCCAAGAUGCCUCUGAACCCGAACGGCAAGAUCGACAAGCCUGUCUUGCCGUUCCCUGAUACAGUCCUGGCGCAGCGCAUGGCGCAAGUCGCUCAUGCCUCAUCGACGUCGCAGGCGCAGCGCACAGCGACCGAGUCAGCGAUUGCGGACGUGUGGAAGGAACUGCUGCCGGGUGUGAGCGACCCUGUGCCGCUGGACGAGUCGUUCUUUGACCUCGGUGGCCACUCCAUUCUCGCGACACGGCUCGUGUUUGCACUGCGCCAGAAAUUCGCGACGCAUGUCCCGCUCGGCCUGGUCUUUGAUGCGCCGACCCUUUCGCAAUUGGCCGCCGCCUUGGACGCGCAGCAAAGUGGGCAUAUCGACCUGGCCUCGGCACACGUGGCCGAGACUCCCACAGCGCACGACACGCACGAGCUUGUGUACACGCAAGACGAGGCGACAUUGCUUGCGCAGCUGCCCACGUCGUUCCAGCGCGUGUCGCAGCCCCGUGGCCCACGCACCGUGUUCCUCACGGGCGGCACCGGGUUUUUGGGCGCGUACGUGCUGUAUGACCUACUGGAGAAGCGCACGGCCGACGUGAGCAAGGUGUACGUACACACGCGGGCCAAGGAUGCAGCCGCCGCGCAAGCGCGUCUGCAGGAGGCGUUGGCCAGCCGCGGUCUCUGGCGCGACGCAUGGGCGGCCGAAGGUCGUGUGGAGGCGAUUCUCGGUGACUUGGCGUCGCCUCGCUUGGGUCUGAGCGAGGCGGAUUGGCAGCGUAUGGCGGACGAGGUGGAUGUGAUUGUGCACAAUGGUGCGUUGGUGCACUGGGUGUACCCGUACUCCAAGCUUCGUGCGGCGAAUGUGCUCUCGACGAUCGCAGCGAUGGAGCUCACGACACAGGGACGGCCCAAGACACUGGCGUUUGUAUCGUCGACGUCGGCCCUCGAUACGGACCACUAUAUUCGCCUCUCUGACUCGCUGCCGGCCGAUGGCCCGUUGCGCGGUGUGUCGGAAGACGACGACUUGAGCGGUAGUGCGCACGGCCUGCAAAGUGGCUAUGGCCAGUCGAAGUGGGUCGCUGAGCGUCUGAUUAUGGCCGCGGCCAAGCAGGGUCUGUCGGCGGUCAUUGUACGUCCCGGCUACGUGGUGGGCGAUAGCACGACGGCUGUGACCAACACCGACGACUUCCUCUUCCGUCUUGUCAAGGGCAGUGCGCAGCUGGGCUUGAUCCCCGAUAUGGACAACACGAUCAAUAUGGUGCCUGUGGACCACGUCGCUCGGGUCACGUCGCUCGCGGCGCUCGCGGCAGCGCGUCUGCCGACGCACGCGACGACGUACGCGACCGUGUUCCAUGUCACUUCGCACCCGACGAUUCGGUACAACGACUUCCUCGGCGCACUAGCGACGCAUGGCUGGGCGGUGGAACGCAUUGACUACUUGGCAUGGCGUGCCGCGCUGGAGAACCAUGUGCUGGCCUCCUCCGAGCAGAGCGAAGCCAAUGCGCUCUUCCCCCUCUUGCACUUUGUGCUGGACGACUUGCCGACGUCGACCAAGUCGGCGGAGCUCGACGAUGCACACACAACGUCGCUGCUCGACGAGGCUGGGGAGCGCCAUGUCGUGCGCGGUGUGGACGCCAAGCUCGUGGGUCUCUACCUCGCCUGGCUCGUAGCAGUGGGUUUCCUCCCUGCGCCGACCAAGGCAGGUACAGCCCUGCCGCCGCUGCCGGAAGGCUCAGUACGUCAAGCAGUGGGCCGUGGCUCGGCGAAUUGA